GAAACGCUUCCUCUAAAAAGAAAACUUCCAUUGUAACGUAGUAAACGAAGGCAUUGACAUGUUUCUCUUACCAAAAAUUUUCCAUCCUGCCCACCGAAUUUUGUGCGAGGGCUACAGCCCAAAUGCAAGUGUACUUGUUCGCCAAGGUCGUUUCCACAUAAACUACAGGCAACUAUCUACCGGAAGUCUCUUAGGGCUGGGCGCCGGUUAUGCCUUAGGCAAAUUUGGCAAAUUAUUCAUUGUAGGAUUAGCUUCAAUUGCCGCUACAAUUGCUUACAUUACUUCUAAAGGAUUUCUACAAGUCAAUUGGAACACCAUUCGUCGAGCAGUUCUGGGAAAGACCGAGGAAUUUACGACCUUAGAGAGACUCGACAAACCCGGCAUUAAGUCCAGGUACGGAACGUCCCUAGAUCCAAUGAAAGCAAAGAUGUCCAACCUGCUCCACUGGCUGUCCAUCAACCCGUCCUUCAAGCUUAGUUUCGCAACAUGCUUUUGGAUCGGAUUCACGAACGCAUAGCGUAACAUUGCAGUCAGACAGCAAUAAAGUCUUGUCUAGAAAUUGUGGAAACAGACAUUAUGAGGAAGCAUGACCACAGAGAACGAGACGUAUGGAACGAUAAUGACAAAGUGAGAGGAGAGAAGAAAAAAGAAGUUAAUGAACAUGUGUGAUGGGU